AUGACACAAUUAUUAGUGGGAGAUCGCGAUCUUUUAUCGAUGCACUAUAUUGAUUAUAUAGUUGUAGCAGACAACUGGACUAAAAACGGUAACACUUUUGAGGGUCAAUGGCAGAACGGCAAGAGACAUGGACUUGGCGUCGAAUCGCGGGGGAGGUGGCUGUACAGAGGAGAAUGGACACAAGGUUUCAAGGGCCGAUAUGGUGUCAGACAGUCGGCCACAACCAACGCCAAGUACGAGGGAACUUGGGCCAAUGGGCUGCAAGACGGCUACGGGUCGGAGACGUACGCCGACGGUGGGACGUUUCAAGGGCAAUGGAUGCGUGGAAUGCGACAUGGAUACGGUGUCCGGACUAGUGCUAGGUUCGGGAUGGCAUCUCAUUCCAAGCCAAACAAAUCGGACAUCCGGAAUUCCCUGUCGUCAUUGGGUAGUGACGACGCGCACAACAAGGUUGGCAGCGCGUCCGAAGACCCGGUGAUCGGCAGCGAAGGCCGGGACAAAAAGCUGGACGACACACGUGGCGGGUUCGUGUUGAAGGCCAACAGUGACGAGCAGCCGAACAAACGGAAGACGUUGGUGUCUAAGUCUACGCACAGUCUCAAGAGGACUUUCAUGUCUGGUUUCAAAAUGCGAAAACAGAGAAGCACCGGUGAGCUGGAGAAGAAGGUUUCGGGAAGCAUUAGAAGCACGGCAUCAUGUACGUCAUGGAUCAGCACUGGAUCAUCUCAGUCCGCGAUGGGCGAGUCCUAUAACACAGAUUCCAACGCCAGCUUUAUCGUUGAGGACGAACACAUGGACGUGAACACGACGGAAACGUACGUCGGGGAGUGGAAAAAUGACAAAAGAUCUGGAUAUGGGAUCGCCGAGAGAACAGAUGGGCUGAAAUACGAGGGCGAAUGGUUUGCCAACAAGAAAUAUGGUUAUGGUGUGACUACGUUUAAGGACGGCACGAAGGAAGAGGGCAAGUACAAAAACAACGUCUUGAUUACAUCUCAAAAGAAAAAACACUAUUUCCUCAUGAGGUCAGCCAAGCUCAAGGAACGGAUUGAGGCCUCCGUGAACGCAGCGCACAGGGCAUCAAAAAUUGCGUUGCAAAAAGCGGAUAUAGCAAUAUCUCGUAUGGCCACAGCGAGGGGCAAAGCGGAACUGUCUGACAUCGCAGCGGAUCAUGCUCGAGAGGAUUAUGAAAUAGCAAAACUCACCGCCAAACAGUUUGCACCAGAUUUCAUUCAACCAGGACUGGAGAAGACCAGACUGCGGGAGAUCUUGAAACAGCGCAUGUCGAUCGAUCAAAAAUCGAUAUUGCAGCCGUUGAUAUCGAUGCCAAAUCCGGUGGGGCCGGCGUCUUCGUCACCGGACGCCGCUGACGCGGCAUCCCUGUCGCAGUCCACCAACAACCUAUUGUACACAGCCACCGGUCAACAGGACGCGGCAGAGACUACGCCACAGUUCAGACCAAGGUCACACUACGCGCAGCCGUACUAUCAGUCUACUGGCGGCAAUCAGCAGCAACAGCAACAGCAACAGCAGUCCGGCGGAUUUGGCUCGCCACAGAGCAGCAACAUGGGCCAAUCGCUCGCGCGAAACAGCCUCACGCCGGACAUGAGACAGAACUCGUCGCCGAACCAUCGGCCGCAACAGAACCACGGUUAUAUCCAGAACAGUGGCGGGUCCUCGGCCGCGACGCCACCGCCGCCGCCGCCACCGAGCCGUUCGAACAACAGCAACGGUAUCGCGGGUGACCAGUACCACGGUAACGCGCAAAACGCCGGGUACGGUACCGGGUCGAUCCGACGGCCGUACGGCCAAAAUGGCGGCGGGGGCGCGCCGCCCACGGCCCGCCAGAGCGUCGUGGACAGAGCUUCGUUUUCGCAGCAACGCAUGUCGUCGUCAUCGUCGUCGCACGCCGCCUACUCUCGCGCCAACGAAGAUGGAAUGGGCGCGGGCGCGGCGUCGCCUCGCCACGACAGCACCAGCAGGCCGAGCCGCUACAACCAGUACGAGGUCGGAGUCGACGACGAUACCGAUCCUUCGCUGUUGAGACGCAACACGAAAUACGUCAACAGAGAGUCACUGUACUCAUUUCAACAGGUAACGCAGCAGCAGGCUGGAGAAGGUACCGUUUGUCAGACGGAGCGCCGUUAG